AUCACUUUGAUAUUCCAAAUUGAAACAUAUCAACUCCAUAUACCUGUAUCUCAGAAAAAUAUUAAGUAGUUUCCACGGUUUCCAAAAAUGAGCGGCUGGAAGCAGUUCUUGGCUGGCAUUAUAGCCGCUUUAGGUGCGUUCUGCUUGGGCUGCUGCAUCGGGUGGUCGGGACCUGUUGAGAGAGAAGUUAGGAUGGGAGCCGCAUACAAAUUUGUGCCCACCUCCAUGGAAUGGGGCUGGAUAUCCUCGUUGAUGACACUAGGAGGUGCCGCCUCUUGCAUCCCCGUUGGAAUUCUAAUUGGGAUCUUUGGACGAAAGAUCACGAUGCUGGGCCUGGCACCGCCCUUCAUGAUCGGCUGGCUGCUGAUCAUCUUGGCCCAGAAGCCCUUCAUGCUGAUGAUUGGACGCUUCAUUGUGGGAGCCUGUGGCGGAGCCUUCUGCAUCACGGCUCCCAUGUACAACACGGAGAUCGCCGAGCUGAGCAAGCGCGGCGUCAUGGGCUGCUUCUUCCAGCUGUUGAUCGUCCACGGCAUCCUAUACGCCUUCAUAGUGGGUGCCUACGCCAAAGUUAAGGUGAUGAACAUACUCUGCGCCAUCUGGCCGAUCAUCUUCUUUGUGCUCUUCAUUUGGAUGCCGGAAUCGCCCGUGUAUCUGGCCCAGAAGGGCAAGAACGACAAAGCGGAGAAGUCGCUGAAGUUUCUUCGUGGCAAGGACGCCGACGUUAGUGCGGAGGCUAGCCAAAUGGCAAGCGAAGGCCAAAAGGAGAAGGUCAAACCGAUGCAGGCCCUCUGUCGCAGGAACACUCUCAAGAGUCUGGCCAUCUCGAUGAUGCUGAUGCUUUUCCAGCAGGUAACCGGCAUCAAUGCAAUCCUCUUCUACGCCACUGGCAUAUUCAUUGAUGCUGGCACUGGAUUUUCGCCCUCAACCUCCACAAUUAUCCUGGGCGUGGUCCAAGUCAUCGCCACCAUUAUCUCCAUUGUGCUGAUCGACAAAGUGGGGCGCAAGAUCCUGCUGCUCGUCUCCGCAGCCCUUAUGUUCCUCGCUACCCUCAUCAUGGCCAUUUACUUCCAAUGGCUGGCGAAAAAGGAUGUCGGCUGGCUGCCCGUGUUUGCUGUUUGCGUCUUCAUCAUUGGAUUCUCAUUUGGAUUUGGGCCCGUUCCCUGGCUGUUGAUGGCCGAACUGUUCGCCGAGGAUGCCAAGCCCGUGGCCGGAGCCAUUGCGGGUACUACCAACUGGGUUUUUGCCUUCUGUGUGACUCUGGCCUUUCCGAUCAUCAAGGACGAAGCUGGUCCUGCUGCCUGCUUCUGGAUCUUCGCCGCAGUCUCCUUUGCUGCCAUCCUUUUCGUUCUGUUCCUGGUGCCCGAGACGAAGGGCAAGACUCUGAACGAGAUCCAAGGAAUGAUCGCUGGCGGCAAAAAGGAUUAGAGAAUUCAUCCUCAACAUUUUCGUUGUGACUUGCAGUUGUAGCAAAUUAUGUUUAGAAAACAAAAAAAGUUACACAAGGUAUGAACAUCGCUGUCGAU